GGCGGAAGUUAUGAAUGCGAUAUACGUUUUUCCGUGAGCCGGAAAAGGCUUGUGUUUCAAAACGACUGCAAACGGCCUUAUUUAGCUCUGCCCUGUCUCUGUAUACUUGGUCUAGAGGGAGAAAAAAGUUGUACCCAAGCCUUCCCUGGGUCCCUUACUUUCAGGUGUCGCGGCGGUAGGGUGGCAAGGUGGGGAGUGGUGGGGAAGCCUUUGGUCAACGAAAUAGGAAAACUUCGCUCCUUGGGGCCUAGGACGCUGCUGGAACCUCUUUCUAUUUGAAGUAUCACUGAUCAGAGUUAUUCUGAUCUGAAGAAUUUGGUGUUUUAAAUCAUCAAGAUAAUUGCCUAAAUUGUUCAUGGAGUUUUUCAUCAGUAUGUCUGAAACCAUUAAAUAUAAUGAUGAUGAUCAUAAAACUCUAUUUCUGAAAACAUUAAAUGAACAACGUCUGGAAGGGGAAUUUUGUGAUAUUGCUAUUGUGGUGGAAGACGUGAAGUUCAGGGCACAUAGAUGUGUGCUUGCUGCAUGUAGUACCUACUUCAAAAAGCUUUUCAAGAAGCUGGAGGUAGAUAGUUCAUCUGUAAUAGAGAUAGAUUUCCUUCGCUCUGACAUAUUUGAGGAAGUUUUGAAUUACAUGUAUACUGCAAAGAUUUCUGUAAAAAAAGAAGACGUCAACUUGAUGAUGUCAUCGGGUCAGAUUCUUGGCAUCCGGUUUUUGGAUAAACUCUGUUCUCAGAAGCGAGAUGUAUCUAGCCCUGAAGAGAACAACACUCAGGCAAAAAACAAGUAUUGCUUGAAAAUAAACCGCCCCAUUGGAGAUUCCACUGACAAUCAGGAUGAUGAAGUAGAAGAAAUCGGAGAUCAAGAUGAUAGUCCUUCUGAUGACACAGUGGAAGGAACUCCCCCAAGUCAGGAGGAUGGUAAGUCACCCACUACCACACUUAGGGUUCAAGAAGCAAUCCUGAAGGAGCUGGGGAGUGAAGAAGUUCGAAAAGUAAAUUGCUAUGGCCAGGAAGUAGACUCUAUGGACACCUCAGAAUCAAAAGAUUUGGGAUCCCAGACUCCUCAGGGUUUAACAUUUAAUGAUGGCAUAAGUGAAGUGAAAGACGAACAGACCCCUGGCUGGACAACAGCCACUAGUGACAUGAAAUUUGAAUACUUACUCUAUGGUCACCGGGAACAGAUUGCAUGUCAAGCAUGUGGAAAGACAUUUUCAGAUGAAGCCCGUUUGAGAAAGCAUGAAAAACUCCAUACAGCAGACAGACCAUUUGUUUGUGAAAUGUGUACCAAAGGGUUCACCACACAGGCCCACCUGAAAGAACACCUGAAAAUCCACACUGGAUAUAAGCCUUACAGCUGUGAAGUGUGUGGGAAAUCAUUUAUCCGUGCCCCGGACUUAAAAAAGCAUGAGAGAGUUCAUAGUAAUGAGAGACCUUUUGCGUGUCAUAUGUGUGACAAAGCAUUUAAACACAAGUCCCAUCUGAAAGAUCAUGAAAGAAGACACAGAGGGGAGAAGCCUUUUGUUUGUAGCUCCUGUACAAAGGCAUUUGCCAAGGCAUCUGACCUCAAACGUCAUGAGAACAAUAUGCACAGUGAGAGGAAACAGGUCCCCACCAGUGCCAUCCAGAGUGAGACUGAACAGUUGCAGGCAGCUGCUAUGGCGGCAGAGGCAGAGCAACAGCUUGAGACCAUAGCUUGUAGUUAAGUGCAAUCAGAGAUCAAAGGAAAGCAGAACUUUAUACCCAAGAGGCAGUUACUGCAUAAACUUUGAGAUUGAAUUGGUCAAAAAUGAAAUUGUUAAGACUGGUCACUGUAUUUUUGUGUAAACUUGUGAAGAGUUGUCAUUGAACUGAAGACGGUGCUUGGUUAGAUGCUUUAAAAACUUUUCGAGGAAAUACUUCCUCAGAAUUCUGACCAAAUGGUUUUACUGUCGCACGUAGCAAAUCGUAGUAUUAUUGCCAGUUUGCUGUUCAUUUUUAAAAUGGUUUUAAUUUGAGAACUCUUGUAUAAGUCAUAGAAGUAAAAAAAAAAAAGCCUUCCUUUUUAAUUCUUGUAUUCCUAUUGCACUUGGAGUGUAUUAUACAGAAUGAAUAAUUGGGUAAAUUGAUUUCUUAAUCACUUUUUGUGACUGCUGUUCAAAGCAAAUUUUUAUUCCUUAGAAAAACAACAAUGGGAACAUUUAUUAAGCACCUUCCCUAUUCAGAGCCCCAUACUAGCUGUUGGUCAGAGAUAUACAGUUUACAUAAGACAUGGUUCCUAAGUCCAAAACCUUCAGAAGCAGAAAAUUCUUGAUGAAUGACUGACCAUCAGCUGAGCAAUUGAAACAUAUCAGUAGAAGUCAUGAAUGUACAAAUAGAUACUAACAUUUGGUUUAUCCAUUUUGUAAGGUUUUUCCCCUGUAUUCAGUGAAAUCCAGAUGUUGAUUGCCUUGUGGCAAGGGUUCUUAAUCACUUUGUUGUUCCUCCCCCACUUAACGUGAUUUUCCUCCCUUCCUUAUGUACGUUGAAUUAGAUUGUACAGCAGGCUGUGCAGUCCACUUGGUUUAUUGGUAUGGACAGAGAGUAAGCACUUGUCAUCUUGCGACCAAGUUCUCAUAGCCCUCCUAUUUGGAGGUGGCUUUUGCUGUGUGAAGCUUUCUUUCUUUGAAAAGUCCUUUUUGAAGUAGGGGAAUGUUAUGAUGGAUGAUGCCAACUGGAGAUAGCGGUGCAACCCUUGGAGACAAAUUUUUUUGUGCAUGUACUUACUUAAUUGCCUACCAACUUUUCAUCAGAUUCAAUAAUUGCAAUUGAUUUCAAAACUGGAUUUUUAAAUAAAUUCAAGAACAAGACUUUAAUAUAAAGUUGAUAAUAUUGAAAGGAGUGUUAACUAAAUAAUACUUCUUCAUAUACAUUUGUAUAGCUCAUCAGAAUUACAUAAAUCUGUUGAACUAUUUGUAGGACAUGAUUCACCCACUCAAGAAGCCACAAAAUUGCAGCAUAUGUAAAUUAAUUAUAAAGGUCUUUUUAUUUUAAGUGUGUAAAUAGUAUAGAAUUUUCAGCGUUGCAUAUUUCAAGUAAAUAUGGACAGAGCUGCACUUUUUUUUGCACAUUUGAUUAGAAUACCUUUUAAGUCUGCAACAAACAUUUAUGACCAACGUAAAAGCUGCCAGACUAAGUGUUUCUAUGUUUGCUUCAUCAUUGCUUGCAUUUCUACUUCGAAAUUAAGAAUGCCUUUUUGUAGCUGUUAAACAGAUUCUGAUGAUGAACUUUGUUUCACUUUCAGUGUAUUUGAUUCAUUUGACUACUUUCUUUAAAAAUUCUUUAAAAUUCCAGCAAUAUCUUGGAAUAUCUUCUAUAAUAAAACAUUAAGGAUUUUAGACUAUUUAAAAAUUUAGGAAAUUACCAUAAUUUUUAUGCCUAAUUUUGUGUUGCUGUUUUUGAAAAACAAAUUUCAAAUAAUUUCCUUUCUUAAUUUAUAAUAGCACCAGUCAUGGGAUAGAUUAAAAACCCAAAUUCGGUUCAUAAAACUUAGUUGAGUGUUAUGGAGGGAAAUAGUUUAUGUAUUUAUUGGCAAAGCAUUUUAUUUUGUUUUUAAAGUAGUUGAAUUUAUUUACACAAUAAAGCAGACCUACCAUAUUUUCUAAAUUUUCUUCUAAUAAUAAAAACUAACAUUUAUAUGGCACUUUAAGGUUUGCAAAGCACUUUAUAUACAUUAUCUCAUUUGAGCCUCACAACCACCCUGUGAGGUAGGUGCUAUUAUCCCCACUUUAUAGAUAUGGAGACAGGCUAAGAGAGGUCAUAGAACUAGAGGUCAUAGAUACAGAACUGGGAAAAUACUGGAGCCUACUCAGUCCAGUCCUUCAUUUUACAAAUGAGGAAACAGACCUGCCUAGAUAUUAAGUAAUUUGCCCAGGAUAACACACUGCCUGAGGCAGCAUUUGAACACUUCUUUUUGACUAGGUCUGAUGCUGUGUCCAUGACAUGGUGCUGCUGUUCUCAUGGUCUAUAUGAAUCGGUUGUAGUUGGGCAGCCAAACUAGUCUAAGAUCUUUUUCACCAAAGCAAGGUAAAAAUAACUUCUCAGCUAUAACUUUUAUAUGAAGCUAUUUGAGGACAUUCUUUUCCUGUAUUUAGACAAAAGAUGUUUUGUUGUUUCAGUUUUUCAGAAACAUAGUUUUGAGUCCUAUUACCAUUUUGAUAUAUUUUGCCUCUCCACAUAUUCUAGGAAGAAAAUACAUUUUUUUUUUCCUACACACUAUAUUCACACUGCUCCCUCUGGUUUUAUGACAGAAUUUGGGCUGGCUAAAGAAAAUGAAUUAAGUAACAAAUGGAACACCAGAUUUGAAGUCAGAAGACCUACAUACAAAUACCACCUUUCCCCCUAGCUGUACUCCCCUACACUAGACAUUUAAUGUUUCUGAACCUGUUUCCUAAAUUUUAAAAUAAGAAUCAUAUCUUCUCUGUCUAGCUUACAGGGUUGUGUGAAAAAUCAGUGAAAUGUAUGUGUAAGUAUUUCUAUAAAGUUUUAUAUAUUGAAAGAACAGUUAUUGCUUGGGCACUCUCGGUGAGGGAGAUUGGAAUAGCGGAAACAAGAAGAGCUAGUCAGUUUGAGCUCCUCCUUCCCCAAGUAACCUGUCUCUUAGUUCUAAAUCAGGCUAUGGGAUUGUUAUAUUGUGUCAAUGCACAGACCUGAGUUUAUGUCCGUUGGAGUUACACAACUGUCUCAUUCUGCUGUCCCUGAAACUUGGGAUUUGGGGCUGGAGGUAAUCUCAGAGAUCUAACCCUCUUCAUUUUUGUAGAAGAGGAAACAAAAAUGACAUGCCCAGAGUCACGUCAUAGUUGAAUAGGAUUUGAAUCCAGGUUGCUUAAGCUUCCAGCCGAAACUGGACAUUCUAAAUGUAGGCAUUACCUCUAUUGCUUUAAAAUCAUGUCUCCUCUGUCCUUUUUAUGCAAACAUGAUGUUUUGCCUCAUUGUUUAGCAUCAUUCUUCUAGAACUUGAGGAAUUUCUGGGCAAAAGAAUUUUAGGAGGUCUAGAUCCUUUGGUUCUUCUUAGAUGUGUGGCCUCGGGCACAUGGUUUACUACUCUCAUGGUCUUAGUUACCUCAUCUGUGUACUGAAGACUUGAGUUUCUGUGUUUUUAUAAGUUCAAGAUCUCUCUGCAGCUACUGAUUAAUUUUGUCCCUUUCUACUCAAGUGGUAAGACUAUCUGACAAUAUUAGUAAAGGUUUCUGAGGUUGAUAGCCAGCUGAUGCUUAAAUAAAUUUCCCCUCAAUUUGUUUUAAAGUUAAAAUAUUAGAGGAAAGGGUAGGGCAUGGGGAUGAAUUUAAUUAGAUUUGGAGCUGGGAUGUUUAGACAUUUAGCCCAACUCAUUUAUCUUACAUAUAGAGAAAGCCUGCAAGAGUCCCAGACUUGUGUUCAAUCCAGUGGAAAGAACAACAAAUCUAGCAGAGGACCUGGGUUCACAUCCCAACUCUGUCGAUAAUUACUACAUAUAUAACUUUGGGCAAGUCAGCCUCACAGGCCCUCAGUUUUCUGUUAAAAUACUGAGUUUGGAUUGGAUAGUCUUAGAGAUUCCUUCCAGCUCCAGAUUUAGGGUACUAAGCAGUAGUUUGAGCCCAAAUCUGACUCAAUUCAGUGCUUUUUUCUACAUCACCAUACUGCCUUUUAAUUGUGCAAAUUCAGGCAGCUCCUGGUUUAUAAAUGUAUUACUGUAUAUCCAUGUGUAAGCCAAUUUGAAUCGUUGAAUAAAAAAUUUCCAUAGAAAUGGUUAGUGCACAAAAGUCUUAUUUAUAAUCUAGCUGAUUCAGUAUUAAGAAUGAUAAUAAGGGGCGGCUAGGUGGCACAGUGGAUAGAGCGCCGGCCCUGGAGUCAGGAAUACCUGAGUUCAAAUCCGGCCUCAGACACUUAACACUUACUAGCGGUGUGACCCUGGGCAAGUCACUUAACCCCAAUUGCCUCACUAAAAACAAACAAACAAAAAAAGAAUGAUAAUAAAACCAAGUUUUGGAUCCUGGAAGUAAAGGUCAACAGCAAAAUUUUGAUGACAAAAUUUGUCUAGAACAUUCUUACCUUAUGACCUCUGUAAGCUAGUAUUAAUCUCAUGCUACCCUAAACUUUGGACAGUAAGUAGUUACCACAUUCUGCCUUGCCCUCCAAAUGCUCUGUGGUGAAAAAUUUUUUUAAUUAAUUUUUUGGGGUAACAUUUUAAGUUCCAAACUGUCUCCUUCCCUUCUUAUCCACCCUGUACCAGAGAAGACCACUAUUUGAUGCAGAUAGAUAAAUAGAUGGAAAGCCAUACUAUACAUAGAUUUCUCAGUCCUUUCUCUGGAGGUGGAUAGCAUCUUUGAUAGGUCCUUUAUAGUUGAUUUAUCGAGUAUUUCUAGUGCACAGAAUAACUUGGUUCUUCACAAUUAUUCUUUGAACCAUAUUGCUGUUAUUGUAUACAAUGUUAUUUUGGUUCUGCUCACUUCAUUUUUCAUUAUUUCAUGCAAGUCUUUACAUAUUUUUCCAAAAUCAAACAUGUCAUGUUUUACAGCACGGUAGUAUUCCAUCACAAUCAUAUACCAUAACCUGUUUAGCCAAUUCCUCAAUUGAUGGACAUCCCCUCAAUUUCUGGUUCUUUACCAUCACUGUGGUAUAACAUUAUUUGCCCUCUUCCCUGAAACAGUACCCAUUAGUUGGAGCUCAUCUCUGUUGAGUAUUAGGAGGAAAGCAGGCUAACCUGAUUAGGUCAGUUAACACCAGUGUAUAAAUGGCUGAUUUCCUUCACCUUCCUAAAGGUGUGUAUGUGUGUGUGUGUGUGUAUCUGUGUAUGUAUGUAUGUAUGUAUGUAUAUGUGUAUGUAUUAGACGAUUAGAGGAAAUAAAAUGUCAUAUCAGACUGUUUAGGGGAAACUUGGGAUGGGAAUAAUUUGGUUCUUUCUAAAAAUCUUCCCCCUGAGAUGUUUCCUCUAAAAUUCCUGCCUUUUAUGGCAUUCUCUGGUUAUGAGCCCAUUAAAAAACACAAAAACGUUUAUUUACAAUUCAUAAAGUGCUUUGUAGAUAUUGUCUUGUUUGAUCCUCUCCAUAAACCUAUGGGGUAAAUACUGAAGCUAUAAUAAUUAUCCCUGUUUUACAGUUGAGGAUACAGACUUUUUAGAAAGGUUGUCACAACUAGUAACAAUUUUUUCUGGAUUCCAGUCCAACAUUUCUUCCACUACACUGUAGCCUGUGGUGAUGGCUUAUACUGUAGAGGAAAGGAAGCUUGUUUAUAUGUAUAGGUUGUUUAUGAGUCCAGUGUUGGUCACAAUAAUAACAUACAAUAUUAAAUUUGUCCUUGGAAUAUGAAUAACUUCUAAAAAUAGUUGGUAUGAAUGUCUCUAUCAGAUUA